AUGCUAGGUCUUAGCAGUGCAAUUGUACUUCUUAUUUUGGUUUGCUCAUGUUUAGGAGUACCCGUCCCAGGCCAGACUACUGAGGGUUGGAAAGACAAGAAAGCCGACGUCUGCAUUGUGGUUGAUGCCUCUUCCAGUGUCUGGGAACGGGACUUCACAACUAUGCUCCAGUUUGUUUCCAGUCUUGUGUCCGACAUGGACAUAGGUCCAUCUACCACCAGGGUGGGAGUCGGUGUAUUCGCAGACAGAUUUACACUACACAUACCAAUCACCAACAAUCUGCCUAAAGAAACACUCAGGAGUGAAAUCUUAAAUGCGCCCUAUUUGAAAGGAGACGGGUACCUUUCCAGGGGUCUGCAUGGCCUGAGAGAAAAGUGCCUGCCAAAAAGCCUUGUCCGAUUGAACGUUCCCCUUAUUGCGGUGGUGUUCACAGAUGGACCGUCCAGGCAUAAACAACUGUCAGCUGAUAAUGCGACCCUGAUCAAAGAGAACAUGAUCUCAUUAUUCACCGUAGGCGCAACUACCCUAGUGGACCGAAACGAACUGCUGUCACUUGCAAGUGAUCCGAAAAAAGAGUUCAAUUACUACGUAGACGAGUUCAGACAUUUAUCGGACAUCCACACUAAACUUUCCACCAGGAUGUCACAAGUUCAAAUAUACCAAGAGCACGGAACAUGUGGAAGAAAUGUCAAGGCUGAUACCUUCUUUGUCUUUAACGAAGCCGCUCUUGGACGCACAGAUUCACAGAACAUCAAAAUUUUUAUUGGCUCUGUAGUCAAUAACUUCAGUAUGAACUCUGGGAAUAUGAGGGCCAGUGUUAUUACCAAGAGCUGCCUCAGAGAGGACAUCGAGUUUGGACAA